UCCCUCUCUCUCCCCCCUCUCCGUCCCUCCCUCGUUCAGCUCCAGUCAGUGAGGAGUCAUUUCUUGCCGAUUCUCUCCUCAUCCUCCCCGGUGUUUAAACUUUCCCGGCGGAUCUUUGAGCACUAAAAACGCGAACCAGCAGUUUGGUUUCUGAACUCAGAGGAGGAUUUAUUGCGGGUUUUUUUUUUUAUUAUUAUUAUUUUUUAUUUGCUUCUUGUGUCUGUGCAGGACGGUGCGCACCGGACUCCACUGGACAGCGGGACGUGUCCGGUGCGUCCGGGUGCUUAAACAAUCCCGCCCAGCUCGGAGACGGACUCAACCCGGCUGUGGUCUGUACGUGCCUCCGCUCAGAAGAUAAAACGGAGACGGAGAGGAACAUGGACGUACUGCAGAUAAAGAGGAUGGAGCUAUAAAAAAAGAAAAGACGAGCCAAGCCCAAGCACGCACGGGAAGGAUCUGGAUGUCUCCGAGGGAUGCAGAGAUAAGAGGAGGUGACAGAAACUUCCAGACCUGCUGAGACGAACCAGAGGACGACUGGUCCAUCCAGAGACUAAAAAGCACACGUAAGAUGUUGGACGCUUCAAGGUCGAAGGAAGUGUUUCCGAAGUGCAGUUGAAUACAACACGACACGAAAGCAGCUUGUCGGCGGGUGAUUGUUCCACAUGAAGAUCAAAGCGAUGGAUGAUGCUGAUCCGUCGCUCCGGAGGUGUGGAGUGACAGAUGACAGAGGAACUGAUUCAGCCGGAGAGAGGAGAGAGUCACCGCUGGCAGUAACGGGAAACAGCCGAGAAGGUCAAGCACAUCGAUCGUAGAGGCCGGGAGUUCCACCGGAUCAGCAGCCACUUGGAUAAAUAUCUUGGACGGAGCAGCGACAUUUACAGCCGGAUGCGGGUUUUGAAAGUGACUGAUAAACCCUUGGCGAGCUAGCUAUCAGUGGAUAGCCAUGGAUGUGACUAAUCCAACCUCCAGCUCUCAAUCAGGAACUCUAAAAGUCUCACCUCCAUCAGGGGGUAGAUGUGGCUGAACACCAAGAAGCAAGACGGGACAUUUUUGCUGAGAGAAACUCUUCCCAAUGACUUGUUGGCAUAAAAUGGGAGAUUUAAACCUCAGAGAACAAUUUGAGGCUGUUUGCAGCUAGCAAGACUUUAAUAUAACCCAAUAGAAACUCAAGAACACUAACUCUCUAUCCCCUUUUCCUGUCAUUCCCCAUCCCCCUAGUUUCUCCUUCCCCAUUUUCCCAGAUCCCUUUUUAUCAACCCUUAUUAUUAUUAUUAUUAUUAUUAUUAUUAUUGUAACAUCUCCUUCAAUGCUGAGUGUAUCUCUUUCACCUCCUCCUUCUUCCAUCUGCUGGUGAAGAGGGUGAAUUAUACUAAACCUCCAGGAAAGUAGCCACCUCUCUCUGGAAUGGGCGGCCCAGCACGGGCUCUUCUUGGAGGGUUUGGCACCACCACCUCCUCCCUGGAGGUUGGGGCUUGGCCAAGCAACAGCCCGCUGGACCUGAACCAGACCCUGUCAUGGGGCUUCGGACUGGGAGGCAGCAGUGGAGGUGGAGGUGCAGCAGCCAUGAGCUUCAGUCUGGACAACUCCACCGCGCAGGAGUCGGUGAGCAGGGCGGCGAUCAAAGAGAAGAACUGGCCGGCCCUGCUCAUACUGGUCAUCAUCGCGCUGACGGUCGGCGGCAACAUCCUGGUGAUCCUGGCGGUUUCGCUGGAGAAGAAGCUCCAAAAUGCCACCAACUUCUUCCUGAGGUCGCUAGCUGUGGCGGACAUGUUGGUCGGCAUCCUGGUCAUGCCGAUCUCCCUGAUCAACAUCCUCUACGACUACGCCUGGCCUCUGCCCAGCGCUCUGUGUCCGAUCUGGAUCUAUCUGGACGUUCUGUUCUCCACCGCCUCCAUCAUGCACCUGUGCGCCAUCUCCCUGGACCGGUACGUCGCCAUCCGCAACCCCAUCGAGCACAGCCGCUUCAACUCCAGAACCAAAGCCAUGAUGAAGAUUGCCGCCGUCUGGACCAUAUCUAUAGGGGUCUCGAUGCCGAUUCCAGUGAUCGGCCUCCACAACGAGGACAAGGUCUUUGUCAACGGCAGCUGCGUCCUCAACGAGGAGCGCUUCAUGCUGAUUGGCUCCUUUGUGGCCUUCUUCAUUCCACUGGUCAUCAUGGUGGUGACGUACUGCCUCACCAUACAGGUGCUCCAGAGGCAGGCCACAGUCUUCCUGCAUGAAGCAAAGACUUCUUCCCAGCAGCCUUUGCACACACCAGCAAUGUCAAACACACUGCAGCCUCCACCCAGCACCUUCCAGAUUCCUCAGAUCAAUACGCUCGCUCCGUCAGACUCGCAAGAGAUAAAGCCGCCGCCCCCUCAGAGCCGGAGAAACACCCUGAGCUGCCUGAAAGGUGCUGAGCCCAGCAUGCUGCUCAGCGCCUCCACCUCCGACAGCAUCAGCAUCAUCCCCAGCUCCGAGGUGGCGUCGCAGCUCAGCUCGCCGGCUGCCGGGCCGGGCCGGAGCGACACGUCAGGUUGCCAUGGGCGACGGGGGAUGAUGCAGGCCAUAAAAAACGAGAGGCGGGCCUCUAAGGUCCUGGGAAUUGUCUUCUUCCUCUUCCUCAUCAUGUGGUGUCCCUUCUUCAUCACCAACGUCACCUUCGUCUUGUGCCGGGACUCCUGCAACGAGUCGCUGCUCCACGACCUCCUCAACGUCUUCGUCUGGGUGGGCUACAUCUCCUCUGGGGUCAACCCUCUGGUCUACACCCUCUUCAACAAGACCUACAGGAGGGCCUUCUCCAGCUACAUCAGGUGCCGCUACAAAGUGGGACCCAACGCCGCCGGACAGAGCUGCAAAACCCUCCUGGUGCCGCCGCCGUGCCCGUCACACGCCGUCACGCCCCUCCUGAUGGGCGGCCACGGGAAAGCCUGCGUGGACCGCAACAGUAACUGUCGCAACGGCAGGCGGGGGGACAACGGGAGGCUGGCGGUGGACCCGGAGGACACGACAGAUGACGGAACGCAGAUAGGAAUAGCAUCGCAGAGCCUCACGGAGUGCCACAACGCCGGGAUGCUCUCGGAAACGGAGCCGGAAACGGAGCUGGAGCAGGAGCAGGAGCUGUCACUCAUCAGCUACAGUCCCGCCUCCAGAGAACACACCAGCAGCGUGUGACUGUCGGCUUCCCGUCGUUUCACGUCUUCUUUCUAACCUGCAGGUGCUGGACCGAGCAGCACCAGGCUGCUCGGAGCCUGCAGCCUCUUCGCUGGUUUAAACCUGGUGUGGAGACUCUUAUUGUGAAAGGAUCUGCCUUUCCUUCACACAGAAGUGCACGACUUACACCAGUGUGGAAAGAAAACCAGAAGAGACAGCCUCAAGGGUGUAAAGUGGGAUUUUCCACUGCUGUUUUGGAAUGAAAACCAAUAUUUCCACUGUGUUUGUUUUCUAUUUGUUGCCAGAAUGUUGGUUUUCAUGCCAUAACGGGAAAAUGAAGGCCUCCUUCAGGCCUUUAUCGAUGCGUAAAUGUGUUCAAAAUGAGGUUUACUUCAUGGGAAAUGAAGUAUCUGGCGACUUGAGGAGCUACUCUGACCUGGUAUGAAGUCGAGCUGCCCAUCACGGAGUCCCACUGAUGCAGGUUACAGAGUCAAGGACGAGGUCAUCGGGGUCAAACUACGACUUCAAGCCUUCACACAGAGUCGCGAUGCAGUCUGAGCUCCGGUCCACACCGAGCAAACUAAACCAAAUAUAUUUUUGUGAUGACAGCCGUCACGGAAUCUGUCCGAAUGAACCCUCUCCAGCAUGUAAUCAAACUGCUCAGCCCACAAUAAUGGGACGUUUCUCUGAAGGAAGCUUUCUGGAGGCUGCAGAUGAAGGAAUGUACUCUGACAGCUGGUCUCCGGUGGACUCACAGCGCCAUCUGGUGGUCACAUGGCCCACCGAGGUGGCCUCCUGGGGCCGGAGGAUGGAAGGCGCUGUCAGGCUCUCGCUCCUGUUCACCAACACGACCACUUUGGAAAGAAAGAAAUUCACAACUUCCACAAAUUUUUACAAGAAAACAACCAAUAAAAUUCCAAAUACAAGGAAACAAUCGAAAAGUUAAAAAUAACAUGAAGCUUUUGACAGAGUGCACAACUGUUCUGCAGUCUUUAACAGGGACAAAAUACGUGGAGUUUUAUUUUUAACCUCAUAGUUUCAUUAUUUAGCAUCAUUAUCAGUGAUUUAAACCUGCAGUCUGGAGCUUCUGCCUCAGAGUGUUUAAUUCCAUAAACACUGUUGAUGCUUCCUCAGUUUUUGCUCUGAGUUGCUGUUUUCACCGCACAAUAUUCAGAAACAUCUGUAGCCGUCGCUGCAGCUGUUCCCCUUUUUAGCAAACAAAUUCAGAUUUUAUUCUGUCAAUAAUGACGUUAAACAUUCACAAAACUAAAUUAAUACACGACAACAGCAUAAGUGAGAAUGCAAAAUUACAACCACAACCUGCACUUUAAUUCAUUUUCUUUAUGAGGUAGUUGAAUGGAAAAAAGGCAACAUCCAUUACCAUUAAGACUUUUAGCUAGUAAAUUACUGUGAUUUACAGUAAACCUCCUCUCAAGAAUGUUGUCUUGCACAUUUAAAACGACUUAAUAAACAUAUCAUAUAAUCAAAGGACAUCAAAUUUUUCAUAGUAUAAAUCUUGGCUGUUUGAUAUUCAAGGCCUCUCUGAAGGACACAUUCUUGAAAGAAGCAGAACUUCUGUGCCAUUUACUUUUAAAAAAAAUUUAAUUUUUAUCCAAGGUCAGCCAUUAGAUCAGCGCCAAAAAAAAAAUCCCUCCGUUGCAGGAUUUUCUGUCACGCUGCAGGCCAGAAUGUGUUCAGAUGCUACAGUGGAAGCCAAAGAAGGAAAGAAGGGAGCGUUUUUUGCAUAUUAAUCAGUGAGACUUGGUUAUAAAUAAUCUGAUAAUCGGACCAUUGCAGUUACAUGUGUGCUCUAAUGGUGGAUUCUAGGAUACAGAUCACUCAGUGUGACUCAAAAAACUAAAAACCUUCAGAUUUAAACUCAUAAGAUGGAUAGAAAGUCAAUACUUUAAGACAAUUUAUCAACAUCUGAUGCAUCUUCCUAUGUAUAACACCCUGCCGCACCAAUGAUUUUUCGUUUUCACCUCUUAGAAGACAGUCCAAUGGGGCUAAUUUGUCGUUUGGUAAAGAAAACUUGAGAGAAAAGUAGUUUUAAGGGGAACUCCAGUGGUUCUUACAUCUUCUGUGGCUUAAUAGAAACAGUGCUGCUUUAAAACUAGACAUGUGGGGUUCAAAAGAUAUCAUUUAGAGGGUGUUAAGAUGAGAUCUAAUGAAAGAUUUAACAGGAAAGUGUAGAGUCUCAGUCAGCCAUGUCAUAGUCAUCCUACCAGCUUCAGGAGAAGGCAGCUGGAGUUUUAUUUUUGGUUCUUGCAGAUGUUUUACGUCCCGCAAGUAUACCAUCUUCCCCUACUUCUAUAUAUAUCACAACACAGGAGAAUCAGCUCCUCAGGUCAAGACUCUGCAGUCUACCUGCAUUUAAAAGGAAACUCUGUUUAUGUUUUGCUGGAACAACCAUCUCUAAACUAUCUAAUUAUCAGGUACUUAGAAUGCAGUCUUGAGAUCUUUCCGCAGAAAGUUUCACCAACAUGCUGACGUAUGUGAGUCUUGGGUCAUUAAUCAUUCAAGUUUGGGGUGAUGGUUUAUAUCUGGGUCAGUUUGAACUUUAAAAAAAAAAAAAAAAAAAAAAAACCCUGGAAAAUAAACGUAAAAGAACAAAAAACAGGAGUCCAGCUUCCUUCUCCUAAAGGGUUAGAGUAAAGACACAUCGAUCCAAUGUUCACUAAAGGAAAAGACAUGAUGUUGCUCCACUAGACCUUAUCAACAGCAUUAACCUCGACUGGAAAGUGUCUUUUAUUUUCCUGUUUAACCACAGUCCAGAAGCCUGGUCAUCUCCGCCUCUGCAGCUUCCAUUUUGACGAGCAGUUGUUCAGUCUGCCUCUUUUUAGCCCCGCAAAUGCUAAACUAAAUUUCUCAAAUACUUAGAAAAAAUUGCACUUAAAUGUGGAGUAAGUUGCAUUUUUUGGGCAUCUUUGGGCAACAAUUCCGUACUCACCUUUCACCAAGUGAUCUUAGGAAAUCCUAGACGUCUGCACCUCCUCCUGUCUCUGAUUUCGGACCCAUGCGUGGAGAUUUUAGUCAGGUACAAGGCUUUCAACCAAUCAGAUUAGAUGCAACCAAGUCCACAUUUCUGCAGCUUAACCGUUAAUUGUAUCAAAGUGGACGUCACCUUCCCCAGAGAUCAGCGUUUCAUUUUCCUAAUUGCCUCUUCAGCCAGCAAGAAUUAGAAACACUUGAAAGUAAAGGCCUUUAAUUACCCACAAUCCCCCAUUCUCGGUCGAACAUUGAAGGUCAGAGCUUGCAACCUGGAGCCUGAGGCCUGCAGCCGCCUCUGAAUGAAACCUACCGCUAGCAGUCAUUCUAAUUCUACGAGUCUCUGUAUGAUUUAACCACUAUCUAUUUGUAUUCUCCAGACUUACUCGGUGGUCGUUUGCACCACUUCUCUCUGCACAAAGAGAGGUCUACAUGAGCUAACGCUGGCGAGCCGGUGCCGAGGUUUGACCUACAGAUGAUCACGCAUGUUUGAUGUGUUGUUCAAAAGGUCCUCUCUGCCUUUCUGAGAUUUUUUUAUUUUUUUUUUUGUUCUCUCUUUAAUACUGAAGUGAAACAGCGCAGGGGAGGAAAGAAAGGAAGAACAAACAAAGAGCAAUCCAGUCAAAACAGCAUGCGACUCCUGCAGGCAUUUCUUCUUUAUCAGCUCACAGAAUACCACAAUAAGAGCGAAAACAAGAAACAAAGGAGAAGAGAGGACUCUCUGAACGGCUUGUGUUUGAUCCAUCCAGUAAAGAGCUACAGCCGGACAGCCGACUCAGUCUGUCGCAAUGUAAUAACUCUGUGUUUCCCGUGCUCCUGUGUGUUUAGAACCAGGCCAGGCUCAAAUUGCAGUCUGAGAUUGAUUCGGUCACUUUCCUUGGUUCUCGUUGAUUGCAUGGAUUGGAUCCGGACGUCUCUGCAGAUGCUUCCGGUCCAGACAGAAGACGGCAAUCACUGUGAAAAAGCAUCUGGAGAGAUUUCAGCUGAUAAAUUCGACCCGGGUCUGGUGUGUAUAGAUGAAGCCGGAGCCGUUUGUUGACAGAGUUGCUUUGAAGACAUGUUUAGGAGGCCUCAUUUCAACUUUUCUCCUCAUUCAGGAGUGUGGUUUUUUUUUUUUUUUUUUUUUGUUCUGUGCAUCUUGUGUUUACAGAUAAAUGUUUUUACAUGGUAAAGAUCUUUUUCAGUUUUCAAGAAGUGGCUCAACAUUAUCAAGCAAUCAAUCAGAAUUUAUUUCUAGAGCAUUUUUCACACAAGCAGAAAACAAAUAAAAAUUCAAUAAAGCAAAACAAACCCCUAAACUGUCCUGUAUAACAUGUGCAAUGAAGAAACACCAGGUGAGAUCAAAUAAGCUAGAUAGAGAAAUAAAUAAAAUAUAUAUUAGAAAUAGAGAUGGAGAUAGAAAUAAAAAUCUAAAAAUGUUAAAAAACAGAAUAAGAAAUUAUAAAAACAAAGCAAUAAACUAUACGUUCAAUAAACUAAAAUAUGUAAAUAGGCAAAUAAACAGAGAAGUCAAUAAAUGAAUUCUAAGAAGGUUAAUGAAUAAAUAAAACCUAUCAAAUCCAUCAAAAGCAAUCAAAAAAUCUUGCAAUAGAAAACUAAUUAUGAGAAGCUUGUUUUCUUGCCAAGAGCUGCAUUAGAAGAUCCGUAAUAAAGUUAUGUCAAUCUGGUCUCAACAGCCAGUUAGCUUAGCAUAAACAGUGUGAGCGGACACAACCAGCCUGCCCCCUACUGGCAGGUCUGAUUAACACAUUAUUGUAUCUGCACAUAAAUCCAGAGAUUCUGCAACAUGAAACUAUGUCUUGGCUGCAAGCAGUGACAUCCAGUGACUCAGUAAAAUUGAUGACUUGGUUUUCAUGCGUCUCAGAUUGUCCGUACAUCUAGUUCUGCUGAACAUGAUGCCUCUUGAACGACUGGCGAGAAGUUUUAUAAGUUCGUCAGAAAUGUCUGCUCAGUCGAAGAACUGAUUAGAUGUUACUACAACUUGAUUCACUUCAUAUGCUAAUUAUGACGAAAUGUCGUACAAAUAUCCAUCCAUCAGCAUUAGCUUUAGCUGCUUUAUCCCAUAUCCCAUUUGAUCUGAUGCUAAAAUCACUGAAACUGAACCAGGCACAUAACCCCUAACCCUAACUAUAACCCUGACUUGAUCAAGAAAAACUCCAAACAGCUAGAGGGGGGAAUUACAUUUUCUAUACACAAUAUCAAAAGUCAAACCAGGACAGAUGUGGAUGUAAAACAACCACAAGACGAUAAUUCUAGUCAUGAAUUGAAGAAGUUUUAGAGGAGCCAUCACUUCUCCACUCUUUUGCUAAGCUAAGCUAACCAGCUACUCAUAUCAGCACAAUGAUAUGAGCGUUGUAUUGGUUAUUUUAAGUAUUAGCAAAUACAUGAAUAACAGAAAUCUCAUUUAAAAAAAAAAAACAAUCACAAAAUAAUUCCUGUAUGUAAGUCAAAGACUGUGACAGAAUCUGAAGGUGGAUUUUUUUUCUCUAAAUUUAUGAGAUCUGGAGUACUACUGCAUCUCUUUUUCAGCUAAUUGUCUGAAAACUAGCUAAAACACCUCAACUAGACUACUACAGACUUUCCGAUGUCGCCAUCGUCCACACCUUUAGUCCUGCAGCUGUUUUAGGUUUCCUCCAAACAUGCAACUCUGUCGGUAAACGGCUCUGAGCAGCAGCUUGUUCAGGAGUCUGACAAACCAGCUUCCCUUCCUGCAUCAAACUCUCACGGCGUUGGUCUGGUUUGUCUCACUCUUGUCCGGCUCAGAGAACUUCUUCAGUGUUCAACCUUCUUCUGUUAUGCAGUGGCUAAUUUUUUGUUUGUUUUUUAUAACAUUUUAAUUGUGAAUGUUUGUCUCUGACACAUCUCUCUGAGUUUAUACGACGUCACCAUCCACACGACCUAUAUUUUCUUUUUUUUCUGUGUGAUGCUGCUAUUUAUUUAUUAAAAUAUUAUCCUCA